AUGACGCCAUUAAAUCAGUCUGAAAGUGCAGUAACUGAAGAUCUCAUUGCCUGUGGCAUUCUCUCGACGUGUUGCGUUUUUGGACUUAUAACUAAUGGUGGUUUAAUAUAUGCAACAUGGAAAUCAAAAACAUUCAUCAAUCCAUAUGGAAUACUUUGCGCGAUUAUUGGUUUCCUAAAUUGUUGUUUUUUGGCCACAUUUACGGCAUUUACAGUCAUACCGAUAAUAUAUGACGGUAUAAUGGAGGCAAAAGUUGGUCAAAUUUUUAAUAGCAUUUAUUAUUCAAUUAUUCUUUUACAUAUUCUCAUUAGUGUCAAUCGACUAUGUUCUAUAUCAAUGCCAUUAAAAUAUAUGUGCAUAUUUGGUGGUAAAAAAUCUCUUCUUAUGGCACUUUCAAUGAUAGCAAUCAGUGCCGGUUUUUGGUUUGGUUCGUAUUUUCAUUGGAGAUGUUUAUUUGACUUUGAUAAAUCAUUAUAUUUAUGGUUCUUCGAGGACCAUCAAUGUGCGGAAGUUUUUUAUUCAGUUAAUUUAUAUUUUCAAAUAUCUAUGUUCAUCAUUAUCCUUUUUAUCGAUAUUAUUGCUUUUCGUUUAAUUCUUAUAUGGAAAAAGAAAACUACAGAAUUUAAACAAUCGAAACUUUCUAAUGUGCCUCAAUUACGAUCCGAGAUAAUUUUUUUCUCUCAAACAUGUGUAAGCUCUUUUAUCUACGCCGUCAUUUUCAUAGUUGGUUCUAUCAUAGAACCACUUUUCACUUUUGACAAAUGGGCACUAUUUCUACUUCAUACUAUUGUAUGGGUGCUAGGGCACGCAAUUGACGGAGUAAUAAUUGGAUUUGCGCAAUGGAAUAUACUGCUACACACAAAGAAAGCAGUAACAAUAAUUGUUCGACCAACAUGA